AUGAAAGCCCCGAGAAUCAAGCAUCACAGAAAGACUGGCAGACUCAGAGUUGCUCGCUUCAAGCGACGCCUGGAUGCGGGUCAUCGUAGAGUCUACCCUCUAUGGGCUCGAGGACGGCGUUUUCGCUGUCUUCGUGUGAUACCUUGCUUCAAACAACAGCAACUUGAAGUUCCUCCGCAGAAACCGCAGCUAAAGCCACCUCAACCAGAUCCUGGUGACAAUCUUCGCUUGUCUUGGUUAGGUGGGAAUGGCUCAGCUGCCACAAGACGCAAGCGUGCCGAACGAGAGCAAGCGGCACAGCAGGAAACGCAGCCUACUCCUGCUCCCGUCCCUGCACAAAACAGCCGCUGUGGGCAAGAUGGUGUCGUGCCACCGUUGUCCCUCCUCGAAGCAGUGGAGGCCAUUGUGCGCACAACCAGGCUUGGUGUCCUGAGUGAAGACAACUUUCAGGUUGCUCUCCUUGACCUUCUGUCUUCGCGAGGCGUGAUGACCAAACCACAGCGACAACAACCUCUGCCUAGUCGAGUUCCCGCUCCCGCUCAGCAGGCUACGACUUCACCAUACACGCAGCAAGAAUCUCUACCGCAACCACGGCGAGAUCAAGAUGAUGGAUGGCAACAAGUUACUAAGCGAAAGGAUCCCAAACUUGCUCAGUCGAAACGACCUGAGCAAAGCAAUAUUCGGCAGGUCUACGCUUCUCCACAGCGUACAGUUCAACCCAAUGAGCAACCCGUGCGGCACAUCACGCAGGUGAUCACAAGCGAAUGGACCACGACGCCCACCUUCAUGACCUUUGACGAGACACUCCAGGCCAUUGAGGAGAAUGCUUCGCCCAAAGGCAACAUCGUUGAGGUCACGUGGGAGCAGUACGAUAAAAUCGUCGACUACGCGACAGCUUUCGGAACGUCCCUUGCAAUUACUAUGCUUUGGCAAGGAUACAAGCAGGCAAACAAUGACAAGCAGACUUCCGCCUGGAUCCGUGCGCGUUCAUCGUCCACUGAACAGUUCAGGCCCGUGCAAGUAACGUGCGAGCAGGUGUCAACUACUUGCGGACCGAUGCCAAAGCCCCCAAAGAAGGUCACCAUCAGCGGUGCCAACGAUGGUGUCAGUGGUGAUAGCAAGAUUUUUCUUCGAGUGACGGCUCCAGAGUGCUACCGCAAGUUUUUCAGCGACAACGGGAAGACCGACACACCAGCAAAUAUCAUUGAUGUGAUCAAGAGAUGGGAGGUUACUGGGCUGUCUUUAGGACAGCUGACUCACGGAACGUGGAAGCGUCAGUGGGGAAAGAAGGGGUGCGAGAUCGUUGGUCAUCUUCUCCUUCCUCCCAAAGUAGCAGACCUUCUUCAAGCCAGAAGCGGUCAGAGGGGAGUCUUUUGUACUCGUACUCGUGCAGGAGACGCCUCUUACAAGCAAACUCCAGUGCAUUGGAUUACGCGCCAGUCCAAUGAGGAGGACGAAGACUACUUCAGACGGGUCAGUGAAAGAUCUGGCCCCGUACGCUACAGGACUGGUGGCAGCAAUGAUUUGGGCAUCGAUGCUGACAGCAAGGACGAAACUAACAAGGUUAACAAGCAACACUGGCGACUUCAAGGAGCUCCAAGUCUUUGGGACGACGUCGACCUCAACGACUUCCUUGAAAAACAGGGUUGGAAAGACGUUAAGCUCAACAAGCGCAAUGGCGGCAGAAAACCUGGGUCCACCGCGAUUUGGUUUUUGCAAGCUAUUCCGCCUGGAACAGAUGACAUGGAAAUCUACGAGGACAGUGGUCACGACGACAAACGCACCUCGACGACCACAACUAUGGAGAAGCAACCGCCGGGCAAGAAGGCUCGCAGUGGCAACGACGAUGGCGGCAAAACUGGUGACAACAGUGGGAUGACUGAGGUUUCGCAGGCAUCGGUGGCCCCUACGCUGUUGGAUCCUCCCCAGGAGAACAAGCGCAAAGAGCCUGAGAACAGCGAGCACGAAAGCAACGGCGACGUCAGCAAGCCGCUUCCGCAGCAACCUUCCACCAUUGACGAAGCUAGGCAGCUUGGAUGGAGAGAGGUUGAUGCAGGAGGAGAUGGAGAUUGCUUUUUCAAAGCCUUCGUUCACAGCGACGCUAAUGCUCGCAAGCUCCCCACCGACGCAAAGAGUGCAGAGAGAGAAGCAUGCAAGCUUCGAGUUGCAGCCGUCACGCACAUGAAAGACCCUAAGCACUACAAUCGCUUCAAGAGCUUCUACCAGCAGGAAGACAUGGCCACCUUGUACCAGGAGGUCAACCAACCGGCUCCGAAAGACUUUGAUGAUUUCCUCAAACUUUCCGCAAACAAGGGCUGCUGGGCCAACCAGCUCAUCAUCAAAGCAGUUGCGGAGCGAACAGGUGUUCCAAUUGUGCCACCAGCAAAAAAGUUGAUAGCGACUUCUACAAGCUACCCAAAGACGAGCAACAACGACAAGGGCGACCCCGAACUCAACGAGUCUGGCAUCGUGGCGUGGUGGCACCACGAUUCCAGGACGACUUCGCCGUCAGCAAGGCCAACUACACUGGCGUUGCUCUUGUGCUUCGCAACAACCACUACGUUUGUCUUCUCCCCCCACAACAUGAUUGCGAAAUCCCUCGGAUGUGGCUCCGAGAAACGAACUCCUUAUUUCCUCAAGUUGGGGGAGCUGGUGAGACGAACACGCCUGCAAAGUCUCUACGCUCUGCGACUACGCCUAGAAGUGUGGAAGGGGGACCCCUUCACCGCCAAGAUGGGGAACAAGAACUCCUGCGACUACGCCUACGAGAUCCAAGAUCAAUCGGAGGCUUUCACCAAAGCCCCACCGGUCACGCCGAUGGUGCACUACGACCUUGACCAAACCGAUGCGGAGUGGGAGUGCCCACUUUGUGAUGCUGCUCUCCCUCGUCUUCCUAGCCAGGAUAAAGGCAGAGCUAUACAGUACCACAUCGACGACAAGCACAAGGGCUGGACAAGGAGCAAGCUUGCUCAUCUUGGCAUGAAGGGCAAGCCGAAGGGAGGGCACGUAGCUUCCUCUGCGGCAAAAACGCAUGCCGACAAGAGAAACAAGCAGUUCAAGACGCACAACCUCGUCAAAGUUAUGCCGGAGGAAAGAAUCCUUCAGGGAAUGCGUGGCGCCAAGUUUUACUGCACCAAGUGUUACAGCGUGGUUGGCAAGUACGGCACCAAGGAGGCGCAGAAAACUUGCAAGCAGAGACUGGAUGAAAUGAAGUCCAACGGCUUUGCCUUCGCUCGUCGCAGGACCUGGUGGCGAAACCUCAAGAAGAACGAACCCAAGCAUGCUCGAAACUUCGUCAAGGCCAUGGGACAGAGCGUGAAGUUUUUCGAUGGACUUUUUGGUUUUCACGAUGUUACGGACAGUUCGCAGAGAUGGGCUCGCCAGAAAACAGAGUGGCAGGCUGAUCUGACGGAGUGCGGUGACGUCGAGCGCCAACCUGGUCCAUCAGCAAGUUGUACUUCCAGCAGUGUUUGGUGUUUUUCUACAAACACCGGUCGCGGUGUCAGCACGUGGGAUGCUUUCAAAGAUGCCGCUGCGCAAGGAUAUGAUGUCAUCAUGCUCCAGGAAUAUGGCUUGAAGCAAUCUGAGCUACACGCUCUCGUUCGCUCCGCUUCUUCUCGCGGUUAUCGCUCUUUCGAGGCCGAGUCGCAAGAAAGAAGCAAACAAGCCUGGGGCGGUGCCAUCAUGUUCGCAAAGAAAAACCUUAGAGCCAGGCUCGUGGCCAGUUCUGCUGUGCGGGAGUAUCAGUCCGUCACCGUCAUGAUCGAGGGCGCGGCGUUCUCUUGCAUCUAUCAACCUCCUGAUGAACCGCGCCUUCCUCUUGUGGAGCACUUGCAAGAGGUGCAAGUCCUUCUUCCGCGAGGUUGUCACUGGCUACGAACAGGCGACUGGAAUGAUGAACCAGAAGAAAAUUUCUACUACGAAAGCUUCGUCGACGACGGCCUCGAGGCUCUUGCAGUUUGUGACGAAAAUCAGAAGAUGUUGCCGACGAGAUGGGGAGGUACACGGACGCUGGACUAUAUCCUCUCCAACUCGCAGGGUGACGUUUCUCGACUUGACUUCUACGACGGUUCCUUCUCGGACCACAAGGCUUUGCAGUUUGAGGUCCUUGUACAAGCAAAACAAGAGUACAAGACACUACGGCUACGCAGCACAGAUGGCCUUUCCUUUGAGGCUUCUAUGCCGUGGAAAGUCUGGAAGCAAGCUUGUGAUGAGUGGGCUCAGAGCAGUACCAAGCCGACCAUCCCUGAGCGCGCACAGAACGUUUCGCAACAAGAUGUUGAUCGAGUUUGGGACAAAAUCAACUUGUACUACGAAAAUAUGCUUCGCGCUGCAGUGCUUCUCUGUGCUUUUGAAAGGCUUGGCCCUAGGAAGCGCAAGAACCGGCCCAAGCUUGUCUCCAACUACCCGCUCUUCGGCAAGCUGGACAGUUCUACAGCACCCUUUCGAUUGCGCAAACUUCGGAACUUGGAGGCCAAGCUUCGCGAGUUGGUUGGUCUUGAGCAGCGCCAGAAGAUGCAUACUCAGGAAGCUCAAAAUCUGCAGCAAAAAGUUCUGCGAAAUCCUCUUUGUCCCGAUGGCACCUGGCAGCAGAGGCUGAAGCAAAUUACUGUCGAUCUGGCCAAGGAGAGACAGAAGGAGAAGCAGCACAGGCUUCAUGCUUGGAGGCAGUCUUUGCAGAACAGCAACUCCCUCUGCUACAAAUGGCUCAAGCGUGGCGCCCCGCAAGUUUUCAAAGGACUCAUUGCUGAAAAGCUUCAAAUCAGCGAGCCGGUAACAUUGGUUUCGGAUGCCCUUGAUGUUAUCAAGGCUCACUGGCAGCAAGUAUGGGACCGUACUCCUGUUGAUUCCCAUGAGGUUUGGCUUCAUCUCCAGCAUCAACCUGGGUACCAACGCUGGAAUCUUGAUGAGUGGCCCAAGUUGAGCACCGCCGAGUGUGCUGCUUCGGCCAGCAAACUUCGCGGUAAGGCCAGCGGCAUCGACGGUUGGUCGGGGUCAGAGGUCGCUUCCAUUCCUUUGGAGCAAUGGGAUGUUUUCUGUGACUUCACGCAAUGGAUCGAAGCAGUCGGCCUUAGUCCAAGCGGCUGGAGGCAAUUCAAGCAAUGCCAUAUCCCUAAACCUUCCAAGAUCGUCAGAGCCGACGGUGUUUGCGAAGUCGCAGAUUUGAGGCCCAUAUCUAUCUCCAGCUCUUUCUACAGAGUUUGGGCAAGCAGUAGAUUGAGGUCCCAGCCUGCUCAAGAGUGGAUGUCUACGUGGUGGCCGGAAGAGGCCAUCGGCGGCAAGGCUAAAGGCGAGGUCUUCGAGGCCUUAGCUCCGUUGGCCGCCGCUGCCGCUGAAAAGCAGUUCGUGGCCACUUUGGACUACAGUCUCGCCUAUGACUACUGCGAUCCACAUCUGGCGGUGGGCAUCAUGAAGAGAUUGGGGCUCCCGGAAGGCAUCGCGUCUUUGCUCUCUACAACGUGGGGCCAACAGCAACGUUGGCUUUUCUUUGAAGGCCUGGUGCAUCAGACUUCGAUCGAUGUGUCAAGGUCCUUGCCGCAAGGCGACCCUUGGUCACUGGCUGGUCUUGUGGCUACGCUCAAGGUGCCCAUGCAGCAGAUUUCCAACCAACAUCCUCAGAUGACUGCUCGCAGCUUCGUCGAUGAUCGCAGCUGGGCUACACCAACGGCUGCGGAGACAGUGGAAGUCAUGCGCAAGUGGCAUUCGUGGUCAGACAAAUUGGGUUUGCGUGAGAACUACAGCAAGACGCAGUUUUUCGCUGCUGACCAGAGUUGCAAGCAAGCUCUGUUAAGAAACGGAGUUCCGGAACAGCAAGUCAGCUGCUAUCCUUGUCUUCUAGGCACUGCCUUCAAAGGCACAGCGCGGCGUAAGAACACGCCAAAAGAGGAAGAGCGCCUCUGCAAGUCGCAAAGGCUUGUUCGCAGAGCUUCCUGCCUGCCGGUGCCUUACAAGCGCAAGGUGAUGAUCAUGGCUGCUGCUCCCUUCGCGAAGGCAGCAUGGGGCUGGUUCUUCAAACUGCCAACCAAAGCUCAGUUCCGACAGUUUGGUGCUACUGUGCGCAAGGCCCUUAACGAGCCGAAGCGUGCAUGUGUGCAUCUGCGCAACAUCUUGAGAGGCCAUCGCACGGACUUACCUUUUCGCAUUUUGGAGAUGAAUGUUAUGGCUGCCCGCAGAUGCGCUCUAAAGUUCCCUGAAGGUCUACCCUGCACGUGGGAUGCGCAGCAGGGGUGGUCAGCAACAAUUGCUCAAUCGCUCAAACAAACUGGUUGGGAGAUUACAGCUCCUUGGUGCUGGAAGCACGCGCAGAUGAAUCGUUACUUUUCCCUUGAUCGCAACGGAAGGAAUUUUGCAACAGAUAAGGGCCUUCUUGCACAUCUGUUGCGUGAAGCAUGGAGGCGUUCUGAGUGGGAGGCUUGGCACUCCUCCAGCAGAAAUGAUGCAACGGCUUGCGCCGAUCAGCAGUACAGUGAACGCAGAUGUAAGCUUGCGAGAGAGGUGGCUCAAUCCAGCUAUGCUGCUUUUGGAUUUCUCUCCGGUGCAUUUGCCAGCCCCGCAACGAUUCAGAGAGAUGAGACCCCGUGUGAGCUUUGCGGUCGUGAGGUUCCCACGACUGAGCAUCUCCUUUGGUCAUGCCCUGCUUUUGUGAGCAGCAGACCGCGCAAACCGAGUGAUUCACUGCAAGGACGUUUAGCUUGGCCAGUGGGGCUUUCUACUGAUGCGGCGGUCGUAAGUCACUGCCUUGAGGUUCGCUCUGCUGUACUGGCUGCUAGGUGGAAGCCUUCCACCACUCCGGUGGCUUGA